UACGUGUGACACUGCGGGGUACACGUAGACGUAACAUAACCUUCAUUAUUGACGUCGCCCGUUAUUUUUUUUUUGACAAUGUAAAGCGUUCCUCGGAAUUUCAUUUUACGACGUGAUCCUCGAUUAGUGUUCCGCAACGAAACGUGUCACAUGAUGAAUCUAAGUAAGACAGAGAAAUUGUUAGCUGCCAAGAAAAAGCUAAAGGAGUUCCAACUACAAAAGAGAUUGCAAACACAAGAGACCUCGAGCAAACAACAAGACUCGAAUGUAACAAAUGAAUCUGUAUCACAGUGCCAAACCAAUUGCCAAACUGUAGAGGGAGAUAUACUCUGUGAUCGAAAGAAUCAGAAUGAAGAGAAAUGUUUGGAGAAUCAAUUUGAGACACACAUAGAUAAUACGAAUAUUAAACAUGGAGAAGAAAAUAUAUCAAAUCAUUUUCAUGAUACUAAUAAUUUAUUAGAUACAAGCAAAGUUACAAUAGCCAGUACCACGAAUAACAGUGAAAUAAAAGAAAAGAGUUUUCCUAUCUUGGAGAAUAAUUUAGAAAGCACUGCAUUAUAUGAAAGCGAUGAUAAAGAUGCCAUACAUUUACAUCCUCAAUCAGAUUCACAAUUUGCUGAAAAUGAUGGAAGAUAUAAUUUGAACGCAACAUCUAAUGGACCAUCGAUAGUGCAAAAAGAAUAUUUGUUAGAAAUGGCCUCAGAAGUUGCUAAUGCGCUUACUGAUGAUACAGAUCACAGUGAACCGAUCACAGUAAAUUCAUUUGAUCUCGAUCUGAAUUGUCGCAAUCAGUUUUUAAAUUCGUGUCUGGAGGAACAGAAACAACUUGUAAAUGACUUACACAUUCAAGUCAGUCGUUAUCACAGCAAAGUGGCUGAAUUGGAAGAAAUUCUAGCUACAAAGGAUUCUGAAUUUGAAGCUAAGCUCAUUCGUGAAAUAAAUCCUUUGAAAGAACAGUUACAAGUCCAUGCACAGACUACUGGCAUCCUAAUAGCGGAAAAGGCAGAACUUACAGCAGCUCUGACACAAAGCCAAAAGAUUGCGAAACAAAAUUCAGAAGAAUUAGAAGAGAUGAGUGGAAAAUUGAAACAUAGCCAGCUCCAUAUUAAUGAGCUUGAGAAAGAAUUGGCUCAAACAAAAAGUAAUUCUACUGACACUCAGAAAAGUGCACAACAAAUACAACAAGUCUAUGAUGAACUUGAAAAGAAAUAUUAUGAACUCAGGAAAGAAAAAGAAGAUUUCGAAUUGGAAACUUCAGAAUUGAAGCAGAAAUUGAAUUUAAAGAAUGCUGAAUUUAUUACUCUGCAACAAGAAUUUCAAGAGAAAGCAGCGUUACUUUCCUUAAAUGAACUAAGGAUACAACAACUAACCGAUACAUCGCAAACAUUAGAGUCUCAACAUCAAACUGUAACAGUAUUGGAACAACAAUUGGCUCAAAUGAGAGAAACUUUGAAAUUAGUGAAUAAUGAAAAGGAUGAAGCUAGUAGACAAUAUCAAAAUUAUGUACGACAAUUAGAUGCACAGCAAGCAAAAUUGUUUAAUGAGGUUGAAAGCGGAAAGAAAAUAAUCAGCGAUCUCGAAAGUAGAGAGAAAAGUUACAUACAACGUUUGUCGGAUUUGGAACAACAAUUGCAGCAUGAAAGAGAAAAAAAUAAAGUUGUACUUCCAUUGCAAGAUCAUAAUGACGAAGUAACUAAUUUUAUGAAAACUAUCGAUGAAUUGACUGCGCAACAGGAAAGACUUCAUAUUGCAGUAUCUGAAAGGGAUGCGGAGAUAGAAAUGUUAACAAAGGAAAUACAAGAAUUACAAGAUACAAAAGAUGACGGAGCAGAUGCAGCAAAAUUAGUACAGGCUCUUGAAAGUGAGAAGCUUGGUGCAUCUAGAGCUGUUUUGCAAAAUCAACAAUUAAAGCAACAAUUAACUGAAAUGGAAAAUGCUUUUGUUACUCUUAGUAACGCUAAAUUAGAUUUAACAGAACAGCUUCAAGCCGAACGAAAUAUUGGUAGAAAAUUAAAUGCAAGAUUGAAUAUUGUCGAAACAGAAGUGGAUAUUCUGAAAGAAAAAUUAAAGGAAAAAGAAACAUUUUUAGUCGAAUUGGAAAAAGAAAAAUUGCAAAAUGCUCAAAUUGCAGAUCAAAUGCAGCACUACCAAGCACAGUCUCACCAUGCCUAUACACUGCAACAAGAAUUACAAAAUGCUUUGGUUUAUAUAGAAAACUUGAAAAAAGAAAAUGAAGAACUCUCAAAAAAAUUAGAAAAUAAAAUACAAGAAGAGACACAUUUAUCCAAAGAAUCUGUAAACAUUAAUGGAGAUCAGCAUACAACAAGAGAUGAGCUAUGUUGUGAUGAUAUUGUAGCAACACAAAACUUACCACUGCCAGAAGAUAAACACAUUUCAGAUAAUUUUGGGCCUAUUAAAAAAUUAGAAAAGAGAUUUAAGGAAACAAUGGAGAAGGUCGCUGAAUUAACGGACGAGAAACAGAGAUUAGAACAUCUUGUUCUUCAGCUUCAAGGUGAAACAGAAACCAUAGGAGAAUACAUUACUUUAUAUCAAAAGCAACGAGCAAUUUUAGGAGAAAGAUGGAAGGAAAGAGAGCAAACCUUUCGUCAAUUGGUAGAACAACGUAAUCAGCAACAAGAACAAUUGCAUAAAUUAAAAGUAUUAGUUACAGAGUUGCUUAAAAAACAUCCUGAAACACUAAUAAGUCCCACAGAAACUUGUAUGGAGCAUCCUAAAGAUAUAAAUGCUGAACCUUGUGAAAAGCAAAAUACAGAAGAAUUACCAUUAAUCGAAGACAAAACUGCAUCUGAUAUUCUUGAUCUUCUGACGGAAAUCAAAGAUUGUAAAGAUAUAUGUAUUAUAGAACCUAACUUUCAUCCAUGCCCAUGGUGCUCUGGAAGGCUUAUUACCGUGUAAUCCCGAAUAAUAAAUUUGUUUAACCUUUGUUAUAAUAAAUUACAUUUACACGACAUAAAUUAGUGUAGAAUAGUGAUACUUGUACAUAGAACAUUCUUAGACUUUUUUAAACUUCUGUAUCUAUUUCUUGUAAAAGAGCGCGUACAAGAUCUUUAUCUGAGGAAUAAUUUUAUAAAAUAUACAGUGCCUUAACUUUGCAAAUA